AUGAGGAAACCCGGAGCAUAUUCCGGCCUCCUCUCCGGCAGCAUAUCCGGCCCCCACCUGCUCCCCCUAGCCAGAAUCAAGAAGAUCAUGAAGAAAUCAAACGACGACGUCAAGAUGAUCUCCGGCGAAGCGCCUAUCGUGUUCUCGAAGGCCUGCGAGCUUUUCAUUGAGGAGCUGACGAAAAGGUCGUGGAACAUGACCAUGCAGGCCAAGAGGAGGACUCUGCAUAAGGAAGAUGUGGCUGCGGCGGUGGUGGCGACGGAGAUCUUUGAUUUUCUGGUGCCCAUUGUGUCCGUCGACGACGACGGGGAGGAUGGGAUUGAAAAGAAAGAAGAGAGUUGA